AGAGAGUCGAGCUGAGGGAGAGCCAGAAAAAAGCCAAGGCAAAAGGCAAUGACAGUAGCGGCGGGGAUCGGAUACGCCUUGUUGGCGCUUGGCCCUUCCAUCUCCCUCUUCGUCUCCGUUAUCUCCAAAAAGCCCUUCUUGAUCCUCACCCUCCUCUCUAGUACACUGUUAUGGCUCAUAAGCCUGAUCAUCUUGUCUGGAAUAUGGAGGCCAUUUCUUCCUCUGAGUUCAACCACAUGGUGGCCAUAUGGGAUUCUUAUUUUCACCGCGGUUGCUUUCCAAGAAGGUCUCCGGAUUCUCUUCUGGAAGAUCUAUAAGAGAUUAGAAGAUACAUUGGAUGCUUUUGCUGAUAGAGUAUCAAAACCACGCCUCUUUUUGACAGAUAAGAUGCAAAUUGCUCUGGCUGGAGGGUUGGGUCAUGGUGUUGCUCAUGCUGUGUUUUUCUGUCUCAGCCUCUUAACACCAGCAUUUGGUCCUGCAACAGCUUUCGUUGACAGGUGCUCACAGAUGCCAUUUUUCCUAGUUUCUGCGGUCAUUGCUCUUGCAUUCGUUACAAUUCACACUUUCUCAAUGCUUAUUGCAUUUAAUGGAUAUGCGGAAGGGAAUAAAGUGGACCAGUUUUUUGUUCCUAUUGUUCAUCUUGCAUCAGGAAUGGUGACACUGGUUAAUUUUGCAUCUGGGGGUUGCAUCAUCGGCGUUCCUCUACUGUACUUUCUCACAAUUUUGACCCUACUUCAUUGCGGGAAAAUGGUGUGGAGAAGGUUGACAGAAAAUCGAAGCAGACCUGGUAGUUGAUACUUUCUGGCAAAAGAUGUGUAAAAUCUCUCAUUUCUUAACUCAGCUGUAUAGUUCCUUUUUCUCACUCUGUCAACUAAAAUGAUUCAGUGGUGAUUCAAAAUCUUUAAUGAAGAAAUAUUCUGUUCUUGCAUCAUAGCAGCAGGAAAGACAACAUUGUGCUA